AUGGACAGGGCGAGGUGGCAGCGGGUACUGACCCUCAUCCCCAUCUGCCUGGCCCUUGCCUUCUCCCUCACAGCCACAGGCAGCAGCCACUGGUGUGAGGGGAUCCGACGCAUGACAAAACCACUGUGCCGGGACCUCCUGAGGGGACUGAACUGCAUUCACUUCAGGGGGACCAACAGCAACACUGGGAGAAGACAUGGUGAUAGCCAGGAUGUCCAGUACAUCUGGGAGACAGGUGACGACAAGUUCAUCCUGCGCAGGUUCCAUGCAGGGCUCUGGCAGUCCUGUGAGGAAAGCCUCAACAGCACAGGUGAGCGAUGCAGGUGCUUCCUGGGGAUAGUGCCCACUGAGGGACAAGGUGUUUUGUGGCUUUCCAUUGGGGCUGAAGUCUUGGAUAUCUUCCUGAUACUGACAGGUGCCAUCUUCCUGGGCUUCAGUGUGAGUUAUUAUCAUUCCAGAUGCAACUGGCUCAAUGUCGAUGCCUCAGUGGCCAUCCUCAUGGUGCUUGCAGGGCUCCUGGGCAUGGUGGCCCACAUGAUGUACACAACUAGUUUUCAAAUCACUGUGAACCUGGGUCCAGAAGACUGGAGACCUCAGACAUAGGACUAUGGCUGGUCCUAUUGCCUCGCCUGGGGAUCUUUCGCCCUCUGUAUGGCUGUGUCAGUGGCAACCAUGAGUAGAUACACUGCCGCACACACACAGAAGCCAAGAGCCCAGAAAGGUGGUCCAUACCCUCAGCACAACAUGCCACAGUGUGAGGCUUCACAGCAGGUUUGGGGAAAAGGAGAUGCUCCCCACCCUAUGGGGCAAGUCUUCGUGGACGUUCCUGGGUGCCAUCCCCCACGUACAGGAGGCAAAGUGUCUGUGUGCUAG